AUGGAUUCCGAUAGAACAACCGAUGGAUUAGGCUAUCAGUUUGCAGAUAACUUCAUGGUUACAAAUGAAGUCAAGGCACAGUUUGACAAGGACGGUUUCAUCAUACUGCGCAAUUUACUAGAUGGCGAAGAACUGGCCACAUUGAAGAGCGCCCUUGAACAGGACCAAGGCCUGGCCAAUCACAACUAUGGGCGAGAUGACGGGGAAGGACGGCAAACUAAGACUACGCUGUGGAAUUAUCCUGGGGAUGACAUCACAGGCAUUAUCGGGAGGAGUGAGAAAGUCGCCGGCACCAUGGAAAAGCUUCUAGGUGGAGAGGUGUACCACUAUCACGCCAAAGUCAUCAUGAAGGAGCCUUUCACAGGGGGCGCCCACAUCUGGCACCAGGACUAUGGUUAUUGGUACCUGAACGGUAAUCUGUUUCCAGAUAUGGGCACAGUGUGGAUUGCCGUGGACAGAGCAGACAGGACAAACGGGUGUUUAAAGAUUCUACCCGGUUCCCACCAAGCUGGACGCAUAGACCAUGUGAAAGUAGGCGACCAAGCCUGUGCUGACCUUGAGCGGGUAAACCAACUGGCGAAAGUCUGUCCACUGACAUAUGUCCAGCUUGACCCAGGAGACGCCCUCUUCUUUCACUGUAAUCUGCUGCAUCGAAGUGACCAAAACAGCAGCCCAAAUAGGCGUUGGGCUUUUCUUGUAUGCUACAACCGCGCCUCUAACGACCCGGUGUAUAAACAUCACCAUCCCAACUACACACCUUUACAGAAGGUUUCAAAUGCUAAAAUAAAAGAAUGUGGCGUCAAAACCGAUACGACCGGAAAACACUUCUUUGGAGGGCCCAAGGAGGAGCUUGCCAUGGACAUAUUAUCCCAAGAAAAGUAAUUUGGUGGACCAGAAGAAAUGCA